AUGUCAACCCCCAAGGACAAGUACUACUGGACCCAGCUCAGAGCAGCAUUAACGGGUGGCCAGUGGUCUUCGUCGUAUCCAUCGAAAGCGCUGAACGGAACUGCACUAUCGUGGUCCGAAUUAUUUCGAAAAUUCAAUAAGCAUUGCAAAGGAUACGAAGACGUCACUGAAGUAGCAUCACAAACACAUGCUUUGGCUCUCCUGCUUGCGGCGAGUUCCAAGGACGGCGACCAGGACGACGCGCCACGAACUGGAGAGUAUGCUUUGGAGCUCAGAGACGAGUCUGUUCUUCCGGAGGAACGGAAAGGGGAGGCGCAGGCAGGGUACGACAUAUUGAGGAAACUCGAGUCGUCAAAUUUCGACACAUUGAAUUUUGCCUUGGCUUACUACGCGUAUGCUCUUGGAAAUCCCACUGAAUGCCUUUCGCACCUAAGCAAGGUGCCCGAUGUCGUCCACACUAUCACCUCCGUAGUCAACUUGUCAAUAUCUUCAGCUGGCGCGAGUAUCAUUUCCGAUGUCUCUCUUUCCAUUCCCGAAAUUAAGGACGGCCGCGCAUGGGCACUGACGGAAACUUUGCGAAGUCUCUGUCUCCAAGACCCCUUAGGGAUGUCCUAUGAAAAGCUCUUUCCCGAAAACUCAAAACGUGCUUUGAUGUCCUAUUCCGCAGCCAUCCCCCUCCUGACUAUCGUGGAAUCGGAAAUUACAUCCGCUGUAGCUCCUACCUCCACUGGUAAACUAGAUUUUGCAUCAUUUACGCGCUUUCGAGAGCUGUGGCGCUGGGUAGAACGUCUCAUUUGGAGGGCCAUCAUUCUGUCUUCACGGACGUCCAGUGUUCACAAUAGAGGCGCGUCAUUGUGGACGUGGUUGAACCACUAUUCGUCUUGCAGUGCUUACUGGCCCUCGAAUUUCCGUACCACUCAUCGCUCCGCCAUUUCCGUUCUCUAUCUCCGUGCGUUAAUAAUUCGCUACGGUCAUGACCCUAGUAUCACUCCUCGUGAUAAGCCGCCAAUCUGGCUGCAUACCGCUCGAUCUCUAGUACAGGAGUACCGAGCUAUAUUGAGCGUGUCCACCAAAUUUCCCAGGGCUGGGGAACGAAAUACUAAAGUGGAAGAAUUCGUGGAUCUGUGCGUUGGGAUCUGGGAGGUUAGCGGUGCUGUGGGAGAGUAUACUGGAUGGGUGCUAGAUGUCCUUUGGUGGGCGACCCGUAUGACAUUUAACUCCUUCAGGAUUAUGCGGCAUAUGAUGCGGUUACUGCGAGUAUCUGGUGACAUACAUCUUGCGAAGCGGACUCUUCGCCUGUACGUUCAAGUUGUAGGAAAAGCAUGGCAAACUAGUGAUGCCGGAGUGGGUGCCGACACAGACACGGAUCAGAAUUGGGUGGAAACCCUGGUCUAUGGGAUACGGAUGUUAUGCAAAUUCGCUUCGAUGGCCAAUGGCAUCGAGGGGCUUGAGGAUGUGCGAGAAGCAGAAACCUUGGUAGAAAAAGCGAAAACGCGUUUGGAUGAAAAUAAUCAGAUACUCGUUGCAAGGCUUCUACUGGCAGAAGGCGUAUGCCAGUCCGUGAUGGCCCUCAAACAGCAAGACCCGCAUAGUCGGUCGCAACGGCUCGCCAAAGCUCAUGCGCUUUUGAUCCGCUCUUCCCAAGCCUCGCCGACAGCAUCCACUUACUACCACCUUGCGUUAUCCUUUGCGCGCUCUGGAGAGCUGCAAGAUUUACAACAGGCUAUUGUUAAUGCGGGGUUAGCUGUUGAAGGUAACUCUAAGGAGGUACGAUACUGGCAUCUGCUAGGACUUCUUUCAGCCGCAACUGAACAAUGGGAAGCGGCUGAAAUGGCCUUGGAGACGGGAGCUGCCAUUGGCGAGGAAGAAGUCUCCGUUGUCAAUGGAUCCUGCCUGCCUGCAGAACCUGCCCAGAUGGACCCGGAUAAUGAGUUACUUGGCGUCCCUUCGACUACAGUCAAUGGCAAUGGUAGGGUGAUUGAUGGUCUCCUUCGCACUGACGAUGAUCGUCACCCUGCCCUUAAUGGUACGAAAGAGAUUCCAGAAGUGCAACCUGUGUACCUCCUCGGAGAGAACGACCAUGAUAUUCCCCCUGCUUCCGAUUUACUCCUUCCCGCCCAAGAUCAUCCUUCACCCUCGCGGCAAGAAUUGUUCGAAGACUCCUUGCAGCUCCGAAUGACCCAGGUUGCAUUGACGGAAAUCGUCGAAGGUGCCGAGGGUGCUUCGCAGAUGCUCCCUGAGAUCUUUGUAUGGGUUGCCGAUAGAAUAGGAAAUUCUCUCAAGUCGCCUUCAGAGUUAAUUCUUUCACCCAGUGCAACCGUCUCAGAAGCACUCGACCAAAACAGCGAAGAAAAGCGCCGACUCUCGAUAGCCCAUUCUGGGUCGACAGAGCCGUCUGUCCCACCCAUACCUAUCACCAUAUCUCCAGCAACCCCAGAUGGACAAUCUCAGGACCCAGAAUAUGUGCAGUCCAUGGCUUUACACGAUGAGAAGGCUGCCAAACGUAAUGACGACCAUGAGAGGGACGCAUCCAAAUCAAAAAAAGUCCAAAAGAUGCUCAAAAAUAGGGUCCAUAAGAGCGGCGCAAGGAUAAGCCACAUCUCGAAGAAAAUUGGUAGCGGAGUCGUGAGGAACGGAAGCUUGCUACGGUCUAAUUCGACGCCAGAUUUUCAUGCAGUACUGCGUCAGACUGCUUAUCAAGCUUCGUCGAUACAUUCGCGAAGACGAUUGAGCUUGCUUAUGAAACCAUCUGAUUCCACCCUCAACGAGUCGCCACCACCACCACCUACACCUGCGCUACCUCAGCCAAUGACAUCGAAUAAGCGGACCGCUCGUGAGACGCGACUUCUGAGCGAUCUAUGGCUAAUGUCUGCGGCGACUUUCAGGCGUUUAGGCAAGAUUGAGCAGGCCAGGGGAGCCAUCCAGGAAGCCGAGGUCCGGGAUGAGAAAAACCCUGCCGUUUGGGUGCAGCUUGGUCUGUAUUACGUCGCUCUGGGUCGAUCUCAAGAUGCCAUUGACGCAUUCCAAAAAGCGCUGUUCAUCUCCCCGGACAACGUUCCCGCUGCCAUCCACCUGUGUAGAUUGUAUCUUUCCGGCGAAACACCACCGGGCCCUAAUAUGUCGGACAAUAUCGACCUUGCGGCCGGUAUGCUCUCGCGCCUGGCGAAUGGGCCCAGUUGGGAUGUACCCGAGGUGUGGUACUUCCUGGGAAAGGCAUACGGGGCUCAAUCUCAGCGUGAGCGAGAACACGAGUGCCUCAGUUUGGCACUCACGUUGUCGGAACGGCGGGGAGUACGAGAGAUAAGCGCUGCGUUGGGAUGGUGUUUGUAA